AUGCGCGAACGUUCAAUACGGUCCAAUCGACGACAGAAGUUUGUGGCGUGUAUCGCCAGCGAAGAUGUCAGUAUGGCGCAACUCCGCAAAUUGGCUUGGAAUGGCGUAUCAGAAGACUUACGUCCCAUAGUCUGGCCGUUGUUGCUGGGUUACCUCCCGUUACCAGCACCUUUACGGGUUUCCACACUCGCUCGGAAGCGUUCAGAAUACCUAUCAUUAGUUGAACUUGCUUUUGCACGGAACCGCGACGGCCUCGAUCAGCAAAUAUGGCACCAGAUUGAGAUUGACGUUCCACGGACAAGGCCCGGCGUUCGCCUGUGGAUGUAUGCUACAACACAACGAAGCUUAGAACGAAUACUGUACGUCUGGGCGAUUAGGCAUCCCGCAAGUGGCUAUGUGCAGGGUAUCAACGACUUAGUGACACCGUUCUUCCAAGUGUUCUUGUCGGCAUACAUCGAUUCGGACCCCGAAGAAUUCGACCCAGCAUCACUGCCGCCGGAAGCCUUGAACGCUGUGGAAGCAGAUUCUUUCUGGUGUCUGUCGCGACUGCUUGAUGGCAUUCAGGAUAAUUAUAUCGCUGGGCAGCCUGGCAUCCAGCGGAGUGUUAAGCGCAUGGCCGAGCUGGUCGCCCGCAUUGAUCCACCGCUGGCAGCUCAUCUCGAGUCAGAGAACGUCGAGUUCAUGCAGUUUGCCUUCCGUUGGAUGAACUGUCUGCUGAUGCGUGAGAUAAGCGUGCAGAACACUAUCCGAAUGUGGGAUACCUAUUUGGCAGAAGGUCCCGACGCCUUCUCCCAAUUCCAUCUAUACGUCUGUUCGGCAUUCCUGGUACAAUGGAGUAAGAAGCUGAAGGAAAUGGAUUUUCAAGGUAUCAUUAUGUUCCUCCAGUCGCUGCCAACGCAGGGAUGGACAGACCAUGAGAUCGAGCUGUUACUCAGCGAGGCAUUUGUGCACUAUUCGACAUGGCACAACGCGCAGAGUCAUUUCGGCAAAUAG